GCCUCAUCCAAGCUCAAAUGUCCUUCUAGUCGGAGUGUCGCAUUUGUAGGAUUCACAUAUUGGGCAUCCUUUGAAGCCCAUAUUUCCACAAUGCUUUCAAGAGCAGUGCGCGGCUCUCUGCGCGCCCCAGCCCUCAGGGCGGCGCCAGUAAGAUUCCUCCGACCCUCAACAGCUCUAUGGAGUCGGGGGCUUGCCGACCAGCGACCAGGUCAGCCAAAGAAGCCGACAACCCAGCAAAGACCUUCAUCGGAACUUCCGACGAAGGCAUCCGCUGGCGGCGCUGCGGCUGGUGCAAACGGGAAAGCGUCAUCCAUCGAAGACCCCGACGUAUCUUCGCAACAACCCGAAUUCGAAACUCAAGCAUCACCAUCGGAGAAUGCCCCACUGAACGAAGCCGCAUCUACCAGCGGCGCGCCGCAACACUUCAAACUGCCUGAUCUCAGGGGAGGCCUACCGUCGACGCUGGAGUUCGAAUCCAAGGGCAGCACAGCCAACGAAUCUGCGGCGUCGGCCCUGAACCUUACGGAAGACCCACAUGAAGCAACUGGCGGAGGUGGACGAGGGCCGAAAGGCGAGCUCCCAGCAUCGGCAUAUGUAUCGUCUUCGGAGAAGAAGCGUGCUCGUGUUGCAAACUACCUGUACGGGUCAUUUUUCGCAACGUGCAUUGCCGCAUACGUAUACUUGGGCAGAAACUGGGAGUCGGAUGAGGAAGAGCGACAACACGUCGAUGCGCCUUCUGGAUGGUCUCUUGGACUCAUGUGGGCUCGUUUCCGAGCUCGCACGGGAGACCAGCUGAGCUACUACAGCGAGCCAACAUUUAAGAAGCUCUUGCCAGACGUUGACCCAAGCUUCGGACGCCCAUACACACUGGUUCUGAGUUUGGAGGACCUACUCAUCCACAGUGAGUGGUCAAGAGAGCACGGAUGGCGGAUGGCAAAGAGGCCUGGUGUGGACUACUUCCUGAGAUACCUCAGCCAGUACUACGAACUGGUUAUAUUUACCUCCGUCCCGUGGGCCAUCGGCGAGCCAGUCAUUAAGAAGCUAGACCCAUACCAUGUCGUCACCUGGCCAUUGUUCCGAGAGGCUACAAUGUACAGAAAGGGCGAAUAUGUCAAGGAUCUCUCAUACCUGAACCGUGACCUUUCAAAGGUCAUUAUCCUCGACACCUCUAAGGCCCACACGGAAGAGCAGCCCGAAAACGCCAUCAUAAUGCCGAAGUGGAAGGGCGAUUCCAAGGACAAGGAGCUGGUUUCACUCAUUCCAUUCCUGGAGUAUAUCCCCACGAUGGCCGUUCCAGAUGUGAGGAAGGCCAUUGCCUCGUUCGAAGGAACUCAUAUCCCAACUGAAUUUGCGGCACGCGAAGCAGUCGCCCGUAAGAAGUUCAUGGAACAAAUUGAAGCCGAGAAGAAGAAGAAGCCGAAGAAGGGCGGCGUCAGCUUCUUGAACUCUGCUCUUGGCAUCAAGCCACAGGCUGCCUUUGAGGGAGAGCAGUCAGCCAGCGAGGCGUUUGCCCAAGGUAAGAUGUUGCAAGACCAGGCGAGAGAGAGAGGCCAGAAGAACUAUGAGGCUUUGGAUAAGAUGAUUAGGGAGGAGGGUGAGAAGUGGCUGAAGGAAGAGGCUGCUCAUGAGGAGAUGGCGAAGCAGGAGGGCAUGAAGGCUAUGAAGAGCGGGCUGACUGGGUUCUUUGGUGUGCCUGGAGAUAAGCCCAAUGAGCCUUCGUCUUCGUCCUCGUGAACAGGGAAUGGCAUGGGUGGGUGUGGCACUUGAGUCGAGGGGAAGCACUUCUUGCGACUGUUCGAGUCCCUAACUCAACUCUCAUCUCUUUUGUAUGUUGGUUUGCGUUGCGAAGGUACGAUCUCCGUGUCUGAAAAGUGUGCAAAAUUGUACAAUACAUCGGUUGGAUUGGGUAAGGCUGUAAGAUAUAUAUAGAUGGGGUGUAACGAA